AUGCGGGACAUGGCCGGCUGUCUGACGAAGUGUGGUACCAGCUGGACGAUCGGGCCCAACUGGCCUAGAUAUGUCGAAAUCAACAUUAUAGAGGGUAUCAACCAGCAAACUGGCAAUUCAGUGGCACUGCACGCCGUCCCGGAAUGCGCACUAGAUAACGAGGGAAGCUUCAUGGGAAGAAUCGCAAUUCAUGGCUGUGCCAUCCUGCAAUCCCCAAGGACAUCCCAAAGUGGAAAUCCUGACCCAAAGACGUGGCCUGAGCCCAUGGCCUAUUUCGAAGAUGGAUGUGAUGGUGACUUACCAACAAAACAUGUCUGUAACCGCAGGUUUUCAACAUCUCAUUCUGUGGCUGGGCUGAUAGCACCUGGCAUGCAAUCUGGGGUUCCAGAGCACCAGAUUUGCUGGGAAUUUGUUCAGAAAAACGCGGCCGAGUUCAAGGAGGCAUACUGGAAAGUCUCGUACGUCAAGAUCUACCGGGAAAUUUCUGUUCUUACAAAUCGCCUCCUCAACACAGUACCAAUGCUGCACCAGUUGCUUCUACCUUCUCAGAGCGGAGAAGGGAGUCGGUAUAAAUGGCACCACAUGGACGCGGUCACAGACUAG